CAGGGAAAUGCACCAAUGACUGAGCAGUGCUGUACUCUUCCCUUUCGGAUACCGUGUUGAAGGAAGCAGAGUCUUUCAAACAUGAGUUUCCACUACGGACAGGGCUAUCCAGGAGGAGGCAACGCACCACCAGGUGCUCAGUAUGGUGGAGCUGGGGGUCCCUAUGGGCAUCAGCCCUCAGCUCCAUAUGGAGGUGCUGCUGGUCCAACAGGAGCUCCCUAUGGCGGUUAUGGAGUCCCGGGUCAUGGAGGGCAAUAUGGGCAUGGACCAGGUGGUGCCCCUGGUGGGCACUAUGGAGGUUAUGGGGGACAACCUCAUGGAGGACCUGGCGGAUAUCAUGCUCCUGCAGGUAAUGUCCCUCCUGGUGUUAAUCCAGAGGCAUACCAGUGGUUCCAGACUGUUGACACGGACCGAAGUGGCUUCAUCAACAUGAAGGAGCUGAAGCAGGCCCUUGUCAACUCUAACUGGUCUGCGUUUAAUGACGAGACCUGCCUUAUGAUGAUCAACAUGUUUGACAAGACGCGGUCGGGUCGAAUCGACCUGUUUGGUUUCUCGGCAUUGUGGGACUUCAUGCAGCGGUGGAGAGCGUUGUUCCAGCAGUAUGACAGAGACCGCUCAGGAUCUAUCAGUGGUGCCGAGUUACAUCAAGCCCUCGCUCAGAUGGGCUACAAUCUCAGCCCCCAGUUUUCUGAGACGCUGGUGCAGCGCUUCACCUUCCGAGGCGGGCGACCCGGCAUCCAGCUGGACCGCUUCAUCCAGGUGUGCACUCAGCUCCAGAGCAUGACGCAGGUGUUCAGGGAGAGAGACAGGAACAUGACGGGCAACGUUCGCCUCAGCUAUGAGGAUUUCCUCUCUGGUACCAUCAGCAGGCUCAUGUGAGCCUCAUUCCACUGACAGUCCCUCUGCAUUGUGGAUGCACAGUAUCAUUCCAUGUUCAGGUUAUAGUUUCUUCAGUCUUGAAUGCUUUGCCGUAAGUGCCCCCACAUGUUGCUUUGUGCACAAUAUACUAGCCAGUACCGAUUGCUCCAUAGCUUGUUGCUGUAAAUAGAUGAACCUAAUCUAUGCACCUCAGUGAAGUCCAGUGACUAUUUUGAAGGUAGCCAAAGUUUUCACUGAAUAUGUGAGCUUUUAACAGGACACAAAGUGGCUUCUUGAAAUCAUUAUAUCCAGUGCUCCUGUGUCCUGUCCAUCUAAACAGUCUCAUCUUUACCAGAGAUGCCUUGGUGGUAGUGACCAUACUUCUUGUUCACUAGAACCAGUACUUGGUAUUAUGAGCAGUUUGACUGAGAUCCGAUUUAGAGACCGUUAAAAUCUGUUUUACUACCUGAAUGUAGACUUCACUAUCUACCUGUCAGGGCUGAAUCAGUGUAAAAACUUGAAUACAGGAGAUAACAUAGUAAUUGAAGAAAUAAGAUAUAACUCUGUGUUCCUCCUGUACAACGUUGACAGUGCUGACCUGAAUAUUCCUAUUCUGAAUUUGCUCAUAUGCAGCAAUAACAUGAUCCUGUGCCAUUAAA